AUUCUCUCCACCAACCAUCAAUUCAUCACGUCGCUCUUCAAUCACAAUCUAUAUUUAUCAUCGUCUUCCUCAUCAUCAAAUUAUAUUCUCGUGUCUUUCUCCUCUUCAUCUCCUCCAUCUCCAUUGAUCUGCGUGGCUUUGCUAUCCUCUCAUCGCCACCAUAACUGAACCCCUUGGGGGCCAUCAACACCAUCAAUCCUAACCCUAUCUCAGCCAUCUCACAUCCACCUAAAUCCACCAAACAAUGGCUUUCCUUCUCGUCAGCUUCUGCUGUGCUUUUUCAGCCCUGGGCUCGUUCCUCUUUGGCUACGAUGCCGGCGUCAUCUCCACCAGCAUCGACCAGCCCUCUUUCUUGCACCAGUUUGGAUAUCCCUCCGAUGCUGCUACCGGUGGCAUUGUCGCCUCCUAUACUGGAGGUGCCAUUGUCGGCUCAAUUGUCGUCUCCUAUCUCUCUGAUCCCUUUGGCCGUCGCCUCGUCAUGUUCAUCGGCGGUCUUCUCGCGGCCUUUGGCGCUGCUCUCCAAGGUGGUGCCGUGACGAUCGCCAUGCUCAUCGCUGGUCGGUUCAUCGCUGGCCUUGCCAUUGGCUUGAUGUCGGUCACUGUCCCUGUCUACUGCAGUGAGGUCGCUCCGCCUCGAGUUCGCGGCCUGUUGACUUGUAUGCAGCAGUGGAUGAUGGGCAUAGGAUCCAUGGUCGCUCAAUGGGUUGGCUACGGCUGUUCUCUUCACUCGGGCGAUUUCUCCUGGCGCUUCCCUCUCUCCCUUCAAGCUCUGCCCGCCGUCAUUCUCUGCUGUGGCGUCUGGUUCCUCCCUGAAUCUCCUCGCUGGCUGAUAGAAAAAGGCCAUGAUGAGGCUGGCCGAGCAACCCUCACCCGUCUGCAUCUGAAUCGCGAUCGCUCCAACCAGGAACUCAUCGACUACGAGUUCGCCCAGAUUAGCGAUAGCGUUGCCUACGAGAAACGCACCAUCGUCCGCUCCUGGCGCCAACUCCUCCUCAACACUAGCUGGCGACGUCGCGUCCUGCUCGCCUGUGGCAUGCAAAUCUUCACCCAGACCUCCGGCACCAACGUCAUCCAAAACUACAGCCCUCGCAUCUACCAAGGCCUAGGCCUGUCCCACUCAACCUCUCUCAUGAUCACCGGUGUCUGGGGCGCCCUCGCAGUCUUCUGGAACACAUUCUUUAUGCUCUUCAUCGACCGCGUCGGUCGCCGCAAGCUCCUCAUCCCCUCCCUGCUGGGCAUGGGCGCUACCAUGUGCGUCGAAGGCACCCUAGCCCGAUACUACGACUUCUCCACCACCCCCAACGCCAACGCCCUCCGCGCCGCAGUCAGCAUGUUCUUCGUCUUCACCUUUUUCUUCACCAGCCUCGGUCUCAUCUCCUGGGUCUAUCCAACUGAGAUCUUCCCCACCGCUAUCCGCGCCAGAGGCUCAUCACUCUCGACCGCGACGAACUGGAGCAUCAACCUCGUCUUCGCCCAGUGCUCGCCCAUCGCCAUCACUCGCAUCAGCUAUCGCUACUUUUACUGCUUCGUCGCCUUCAACUGGGUCGCCUCGGUUAUCGUUUGGUUCUUUUAUCCCGAGACUGCUGGGAACUCUCUCGAAGAGGUCGAGCGUGUCUUUGCCCAUGCCGUUUCGGAGAGCGAGCUUGUCCCUGGGGGAAAUUCCCAUUCCUAUAAGCAUACAAUGGUCUAUUCAAAGACCAGUGACGGUAUUAGCAGCAACGAUUCGGCGGAUGCGAUCAAGUUGAAUCCUUCGUGUGUUGAGCAUCGAUAAUUCAUAUAUUGCUUCUUGUAUAAUGAUUAUAGCACACUGAUAUGUUUGUUUCUUACGGUUGAGAUACCCGAUUUACAAUACUGUCUUUAACUAGCAUAUAUAGUCCUCACUACUAACACAAGUGAUAGAACAAUGGAAAUGUUCGCACAUGACCUUUUAGGUAUCAAUAAUCCAAAAUUCCAUAUAAACUAGGGUAUAACGAAUGGACCAAGAAAACAUGUACUCAAACGCCAAUUGAAAUGCAUAAAUACUUAUAACAGAUGGAAGUUGGAUAUCAUCCUUUCAAAGCAGGCAUUAUAUAGCUCGUCAAUGGUGCACUGAGAACCUCCCCGCGUAGCUCAUCCUCCCACAUACCCACCGCCGGCUCUUGGACCUGAAACGUCAAGCACGAGAAGAGAAAGUUGUUGACUCGCGCCCAAGACUCUGGUGACAGCCGUUUGGCGACCUUGAGCAUCCGCCCCGC